UAUAAACAUAAAUAAUUAUUUUUAUUAUUUUUAUUCUAUGAAAAUUUCACCUGUGCGACUCUUUUAAUCUCUCUCUUUUCGUUUGGUUUGGGUUUCUCAUUGAAUUUGCUUGGCGAUUGCCCAAAUCUAGGGUUAGGGUUUGUUUUUGUUUAAUUUUGAUUGAGGUGAAGGUUAAUUUUAUAUUGUAGUUAGCACUAAUAGUAUGGGAGGAGGCAAUGGAGGAGGAGGAGGAGGAGGAGAUGAGGUGAGUGAGUCAUCCACCGGCGGAGAAGGAGGCGGAGUAAAGGUGAACAUUAGGUGCUCUAAUGGAUCCAAAUUCUUCGUCGAUAUUAACUUGACGGAGACGGUCGAAACGUUUAAAACACUACUCGCCGGAAAGUGUGAUGUUCCCGCGGAUCAGCAGCGCUUGAUUUAUAAGGGACGGAUCCUGAAAGAUGAUCAGACCUUGCAAUCCUAUGGCUUGGAGGCAGAUCAUACUGUCCACUUAGUUCGUGGUUUUGCACCAACUCCAGCAGCUAAUACGACUCCUGCAACCAAUACUGGAGGUUCAAACAACACUACAACUAAUACAAGGGAUGUUGGGUCUAAUGAAGGUGGAGCUCUCGGAGGAUCUGAUUUUGGAAUGUUUCCAGGGAUGCGUUUAAAUGGCUUAGGCGGCAGUGGUGGUUUGUUUGGAGCUGGACUUCCAGAGUUUGAACAGGUGCAACAGCAAUUGACUCGGAAUCCCAACAUGAUGAGAGAAAUAAUGAAUACUCCUGUUGUUCAGAGCUUAAUGAAUAAUCCUGAGAUCAUGCGGAACUUGAUCAUGAAUAAUCCUCAAAUGCGUGAAAUCAUUGAUCGAAAUCCUGAGCUUGCUCAUAUUCUUAAUGAUCCUAGCACCCUCCGUCAAACACUUGAAGCUGCAAGAAAUCCUGAACUUAUGCGUGAGAUGAUGCGCAAUACUGAUAGAGCAAUGAGCAACAUUGAAUCUUCUCCUGAAGGUUUUAAUAUGCUUCGGCGCAUGUAUGAAACUGUUCAGGAGCCAUUCUUGAAUGCAACCACAAUGGCUGGAAAUACUGGAGCUGAUGGUGCAAACCCAUUUGCAGCUCUUUUGGGGAACCAAGCAGGAAACCAAGCUGGUGUUGGUACAGCUAAUCCAUCAACAACUAAUUCCGAGUCCCCCACUGGUUCUCCAGCUCCAAAUACUAACCCACUGCCAAACCCAUGGACUGCUACUGGGACAGCUGGUGGUGGCGGCUUAAAUAACACGGCACGAUCAAAUACUGCUGGAGAUGCUAGACCACAGACUCCUGCAGGUCUUGGUGGACUUGGUCUUCCAGAGUUUGACAGCCUGUUCGGUUCUAUGACAGACACUAAUUUAGUGAAUCAAAUGGUGCAAAAUCCUGGUAUUUCACAAAUAAUGCAAAGCCUCCUUUCAAAUCCCCAAUACUUGAACCAGGUUCUUGGUGCUAAUCCUCAAUUCCGAAGCCUUCUUGAUUCUAAUUCUCAAUUUAGAGAAAUGUUGCAAAAUCCAGAUUUUCUUCGUCAGUUGACUUCUCCUGAGACGAUGCAGCAACUUUUGACUUUGCAGCAAGCUCUAUUCUCCCAGCUUGGUCGGCAGCAGUCAACUCAGGAACCAGGGCAGACAGGGGCAGGAACAGGACCACCGAAUAACAUGGGGUUAGAGAUGAUGAUGAAUAUGUUUGGCGGCCUUGGGGCAGGCAGCCUUGCUGCUCCCAACAGACCCAGUGGUCCCCCUGAAGAAGUAUAUGCAACCCAGUUGUUACAGCUUCAAGAAAUGGGCUUCUUCGACACACAAGAGAACAUACGAGCGCUCACCGCCACUGCAGGGAAUGUGCAUGCUGCAGUGGAGCGAUUGUUGGGGAAUCCCGGUCAGUAAUUUGAUUAAUGUCCGGCCAGUAAGAGGUGGCCGUUGGGACUUGCUCAAGCGUAGAUCUGAGAUGUAUUGAAGCCCUCUUUUUGGGUAAUAAUAAGUUUUAAAUUAUGAUCAUAGUUAGGGCUGUGGACACUGAACCAUCUCUUCUCUCCCUCCCUCUCUCUAUCCACCCGGAGUGUCAUGUACAUACUUCUAUAUUAAGAUUUGUUAUAUGAAUUGCCUGCAAAAUUCCUUUAACUUUAUUAAUUUCAUUAUUCUCAUUUUGUUUGUUC